ACAAGCAUUCUAUUGGUCUUUCAAGAACAUUUCAUUACAUGUGUGAUGUCAUGAAGAAUUCCAACUCCCUGGAGUUCACUUUCUUGAUGUAGUUAUUGAGUUAGAUUGUCUGAUCAUGGCAAGUCAAACAGUGGUGGUUGUACCUUCAAUCUAUAACCAAGUUCUCCGUAACUUUCCUUCUGGAUUCAAAUUAGCUUUUGCCUAUGGCUCAGGUGUUUUCCAGCAAGUUGGCCAUAAAGAUAAAAAUAAGAAUAUGUUGGACUUUAUAUUUGCUGUCGAAGACCCUCUCCUUUGGCAUAAAACAAACAUUGAAUUGAAUCCUAAACAUUACUCAUUUCUGCGGCUAUUUGGUUAUAGGAGAAUUGCAAGUAUUCAAGAGAGAUACGGUGCUGGAAUAUAUUUCAAUACCUUGGUACAGUGUGAAGGGCGCCUCGUAAAGUAUGGUGUGAUUAGUUCUGAUCGUCUUCUGACUGAUCUCCUGGACUGGGACACCCUGUAUGUUAGUGGCCGUCUUCAUAAGCCUGUUCUGAUGAUAGAGAAGCCAGCACCAGAACUAGAUGCUGCCCUGUUGACUAAUCUCCGAAGCGCUGUGCAUGCAGCUAUGCUGAUCUUACCAGAAACUUUCUCAGAAGAGCAGCUUUACAUGACCAUAACAAACUUGUCUUAUUCAGGUGAUUUUCGAAUGUCGAUUGGUGAAGACCAAAAUAAGAUUAAAAAUAUUGUCAAACCAAAUAUGGAGAAUUUUAGGAGACUUUAUGAAACGAUUCUAGAAAAGGAGGACCAUUUCCAUUGGAAUAAAACUAAGGGGUUAUUCGAGCAACCACUGUCUCCGUCCUCGCUCAGUCAUCAUCUAAACCUUUUACCAAAGAUUUUGUUAAAAAAUUUAGUCCUUGAUCGCAACAGAGACGGGAGGUUUCGUGACACUGAAGAAGUUGUGAGGAGUUUAGCUCAUGAUAUGUUCUGUGGUGAAGCCGUUGUCAAAAGUAUGUCUCAAAUUGUCAAAAGUUCUAGUUGGUCUCAAAGCUUGAAAGGUUUGCUGACAGCUGGGUUGAGCAAGUCUAUAAGAUAUGGUGGUGCCAAGUUAAAGAAGAUGUUGAAGAGUAAAUUAUCAUCAUCUUCUUCGUGAGGGGCACUUCAGAUGAUGUGUUGGGGCAGGUCGUUCCACAGCUGUGGAGCAGCGGUUGUGAAAGCCCUAGCACAGACACGUUGGCACAUUCUUGUUCCUGCUCGAGGGUACUUGUAACAAAGAUGUUCCUGUGUGUGGGUGAGGGAUACUAGUAAUCGUAUUUUAUUACAGUGCACUUUUCAAACGGUUGAAGAUUAAUGGUUAUCUUUUAUAACAAAUU